AAUUGAGCAAAUUGACUUUAAUUGUCGUACAUUUAACAAAAGGAUUGGGGUUAUAAAAAUGUAAAGGAUAUUUCACUGAAGAAGGUGGUCUGUCUAGUUAGGCAAGCUGACAACAAUUUUACAUUGAUGUCUGCUCGGAGAAUUCAAAAACUUCGCAACUGUGAUCCUAAAAUGACGAGGAUACAGCAUAAUAGAUCUGAUGCUGUGACAAGAAAGCGUGAGGAGAGGGCUGUUAGAGAACAAUACAAGCGAGAGAGGAAGAUAGAGUCUUACCUAGCUGAUGAUGAAAACUUUCCCAGCUUCUCAGCACAGCUUGGAAAACUUGGUCUUCAGCUUAGAGACAUACCAGGAGAUGGGAAUUGUCUGUUUCGUGCCCUCGGAGACCAGAUGGAGGGACAUGGUCGUAAUCACUUUAAGUAUAGGUUUGAUGUGGUGACAUACAUGUCUGAUAAUCGAGCAGACUUUGAACCAUUUGUGGAAGAUGAUGUACCUUUUGAUAAACACUUAUCUAAUCUAUGUAAACUUGGAACCUAUGCAGGGAAUGAUGCUAUUGUGGCAUUUGCUCGACUCCACUAUGUCAACGUUGUUAUUCAUCAGCUGAAUGCCCCAUUCCUAUUGAUUCAGGGUAACCAGAGCAGCACAGGCCAAAUCAAACAGAUUCACAUUGCCUACCACAAUGGAGACCAUUACUCUAGUGUCAGGAGAGUUCAUGACAACACUGAGUCCCCUGCCAGUAUCAAGAUCAAGAUAGGGGAGGAGUCUGAGAGUAAGAGUAAAGUAAUGAAUGGUCAUGUGACAGGAGGUGUGGUCUCAGCUGUCCGUGAUGAACAGAGCAUUGAGGAGGAGGUCAUGCUGGCCACCAGCUGUAUGGACAUAGAGCAAAUUCGUGAAGUUCUAGUGGACUGUGGGUAUGAUGUUGAACUUGCUAUUGCCACAUUAUUGCAGAUCAUGGAAGUCAGCGAGAAUGGUCAUGAGGAAACUGCCUCUCUAGCUUCUCAGAUGACCUCCACAGACAGUGGGGUGUGGUCUGAAGCCUCACGGUCCUCUGGGGAUUACGCCUCCCCCCAAACUGGGGCCACCCAUGUACGAGAAAAUAGUUAUGGUGGAAGCUCAGGUUAUGGAUCACUUAGCAGCUUUCCAGGUGGAGCUAGGCCUAAACAAACUCAGAUCAAACCUCAAUCAGCAAAGGAGAAGAGAGAGAAUAAAAAGCUGGAGAAGAAGAAACGAGCCGAGGAGAGACAUAAGAUGAGGAUUCAGGGGAAUUCCCCACAAGUUCCCACAAUGUAUGAUGAUAACGCGGUUACCGUGGUCUCCAAGGACAUUGGCAUGAUGAAAAUCUAAAAAUAUUCAAAGGAACUAAUGUGUCGGGGUUGUGGUAUAAAACAAGGCAUAUUUAUUUACCUAGUUAUUGGAUGCAUCAUCCCUGCUGUUCCCCAUCUCUAGUAAGAAAUUAGGAACAGAAAACUGGUGUGUAAAUAACUAAUUUAAAAUAAGUUCCAUUUACUUUUUGUGAUUUUAUGUGGUUAGUUUAUGGACUUAAAUCAUGAAAAGCUGUGCAACUGCUCACUAUUAGGCCAAAAAAAAUUAAUCAAUAGUUUCUCAGGCAUCGCUGCAUCAGGUCAAACACUGCCGCAUUGAUCAAUUUUAUUGACAUAUUCAAAAGGGAAAUAACUCAAUUUUCCAUUUUUCCAAGUUGAAAAAGAAAAUUGAGUUAUUUCCCUUUUCAUAAAUGCUAAUAGAUAGACGUUUUUAUUAGAUAAACAAUACUUUUCUUGUUAAUAUGGUAUUUUAUGAAUUAACUUUGUUUGGAACAACAUUAUUUAAAGUUGAAUACAUUUUAUAAUUGAUGUAAGAGAACAAAAAAAAGUAAAAAUAAGUUUAUAUCAUCAUUUUGUUGAGCAACUGACAUGAAAAAAGGUAUAACACCUGCUUCUUAAAAAAAAAAAA